AUGACUACCUUCACGAAGCUCAGUGAGCAGGAGACGCCUAGUAUCUCCGUUCAUGCGUCGCGACGCAUUUCCAAGAUCAACCCUAAUAUCUAUGCUGGGUUCACAGAGCAUAUGGGCCGAUGCAUUUAUGGAGGCAUCUAUGACCCAGGCAAUCCUCUGUCGGACGAGAAUGGCUUUCGUAAAGAUGUACUGGAAGCCCUCAAGGACCUGAACAUCCCUGUUGUUCGUUAUCCUGGUGGUAAUUUUACGGCUACCUAUCACUGGAUUGAUGGUGUAGGUCCUAAAGAUCAACGGCCUGCGAGACCUGAGCUGGCUUGGCUGGGAACUGAGACCAACCAGUUUGGAACAGACGAGUUCAUGAAGUGGUGCGAGCUUCUUGGAACUGAGCCUUACUUUUGCUUGAACUUUGGCACAGCUCUUGCGUGGGUCGAGUACUGUAACGGUACGAAAGACACUUAUUAUGCCAAUCUCCGUAGGAAGAAUGGCCGUGAAGAGCCUUAUAACAUCAAAUACUGGGCUCUUGGUAACGAAGUGUGGGGACCAUGGCAGGUCGCGCAGAUGACCAAGGAGGAGUACGCUCACAAGGCCUACCAGUGGGCAAAGGGUGAGAACUCAUUCGCUUCGACUCCGAAAGAACCAACCAGUCAAUUAAUAUACUUUCUAGCGCUGAAGCUGCUCGACCCCACUCUGAAGUUGAUCCUCUGUGGCCAAGACGGCACUGCCUCAUGGGACUACUACACAUUGAAGCAGUGCCUGCUUCCCGCUCACUCGCCUCUCUCUACUAGCACCGUUCCUCUCAUCGACAUGCACAGUAUCCAUAUGUACACCUGCGGUUCAACUCAUCUCCCCAACGUUACUGCUCCACUCGCCGCUGAACGCGCUAUCGAGAUUACCUCAUCCCUCAUCGACCUCGCCAUGAUUGAGAACGGCAUUCCUCCUGACCAGCCGCGGCCCACAAUCUGCUUUGACGAGUGGAACGUGUGGGACCCCCUGCGCGCUGAGGGAAGCAAGGGCGCCGAGGAAAGCUAUACCCUCUCCGACGCUUUGGCCGUGGCCAUCUGGCUCAACGUCUUUGUGCGCAAGAGCAAAGACGUCGGGAUGGCCUGUAUUGCACAGAGCGUCAAUGUCAUUUCCCCCUUGAUGACCACUAAGGAUGGUAUCAUAAAGCAGACUAUCUGGUGGCCCUUGUAUCUAUUCUCGAAGUAUAUGCGAGGCUGGACCAUCAAUGCGCACGUCUCUUGCGGUGCCUAUGAGGGCGAGACGAGUCCGAAGUGGAUCCGCGCCGUCAAGGACACUCCCUGGCUGGAUGUCAGCGCCACCUUGGGAGAGGACGGAUAUGUUAAUGUUGCUGUCGUCAACAUCAGCGACGAAAAGGAUAUGGAGUGCAAGUUCGAGGGGGCUACUAGUGAUGUCACUGUAUUCACCGUCACUGGAGACAGUGUCUCGGCCUGCAACAUGAAGGGAAAACAGGAAGUUGGUCUGGCGGAAAGCACUUGGGACGGCAAGGGUGCCUACAAGUUCCCCAAGCACUCGUUCACUCUACUUAGAUGGAAGGCGGAGUAA